AUGGCGAGGGGGACGGCUGUGCUGCUUUUGCAUGGAUUUGUCCUGCUGGCUGUGUGUGGCCCCUCACUUCAAGGAGGAGUCUACAUACCAGCAGCAGGAGGAGGAGCUGGAGCUGGAUUAGGGGCUGGCAUUGGAGCUGGAGUUGGACUUGGUACUGGAACUGGUCUAGCAGGGGGUCUUGGAGCUGUACCUGGAACUGGAACAGGUCCAGCAGGAGGCGUAGCAGCAGGACUUGGCCCUGGAGGCAUAGGGACCGGAAUCCAUCCAGGGACUGGUCUGGGUGCUGGCCCUGGAGGUGGACUAGGAACCGGAGCAGGAGUAGUACCAGGCAGCAUUCUUGGUUACAAGCCAGGGAAGGCACGAGGUCCUGGUGCAGUAGGAGCUGGAUUUGGAAGGCCAGGUGCUGGAACUGGAGCAUUUGGCCCUGGUCUUGGACCAGGAGGAGUUGGCCCAGGUGGUUAUGGUGCAGGCCUCGGAGCAGGUCAACGAGCCACUGGAGGUGUUGGAACUGGUGGACUAGGUGUUGGGGGGUUGGGCACUGGAGGCAUUGGAGCAGGCCCUGGUGUAAAGUCUCCCAAAUCAGGAUAUGGUGGCCGUGUUGGGUUUGGACCUGGUGGUGUGGGUACUGGCAUUGGACAAGGAGGCGUUGGUCCUGGAGGCUUUGGAUCAGGGGGCAUUGGACCAGCAGGAAUUGGUCCAGGAGGCAUUGGACCAGGAGGAGUUGGUCCAGGAAGCAUUGGACCUGGUGGAAUUGGUCCUGGAGGAGUUGGUCCUGGAGGAAUCAGACCAGGAGGAAUUUUUCCCUCUGGAGCAGGAGCUGCUGUCAAGCCUCCGAAAACAGGACUAGGAUAUGGUGGUCAGGGUAUUGGCACUGGAGGACUUGGCACUGGUGCGCUAGGAGGCACUGGAUUUAGACCAGGAGGGGUUGGGCCUGGAGGUGCAGGACUUGGUGGGCUUGGUGUUACCAGUCCAGGCACUGGUACUGGUUUAGGGCCAGGAAGUCUUGGACAAGGAAUCUGGAAACCUGCAAAGACAGGAUAUGGAGGGAGGGGUGUUGGUGGAGGGCCUGGCACUCUUGGAGCAGGGGGAGUAGGUCCUGGAAGUAUUGGUCCAGGAGGAGUGGGUCCUGGUGGUCUUGGCCCUGGAGGAGUGGGUCCUGGUGGUCCUAUUUCAGGAGGAGUAGGCCCUGGUGGUCUUGGUCCAGGAGGAGUAGGUCCUGGUGGAUUUAGUCCAGGAGGAGUCAGACCAGGUGGCUUUGGAAGAGGAGUUGGUGGAAAACCUCCAAAAACAGGUUUGGGCCAGACUGGAAUUGGACCAGGCGGAAUUGGCACGGGAGUUAGACCAGGUGGACUUGUGCCAGGAGGAGCUGGUCCAGGUGGGCUUGUGCCAGGAGGAGCUGGUCCAGGUGGACUUGUUCCAGGAGGAGCUGGUCCAGGUGGGCUUGUUCCAGGAGGAGCUGGUCCAGGUGGGCUUGUUCAAGGAGGAGCUGGUCCAGGUGGACUUGUUCCAGGAGGAGUUGGUCCAGGUGGGCUUGUUCCAGGAGGAGUUGGUCCAGGUGGGCUUGUUCCAGGAGGAGCUGGUCCAGUUGGACUUGGGCCAGGAGGAGUUGGUCCAGGUGGACUUGUUCCAGGAGGAGUUGGCAUAGGCUUUGGUCCUAGUAGAGUAGGACCUGGUGGUUAUGGAGGAUAUGGCAGUGUCGGUGGCCCUGUAGGCCUGUACCCUGGUGCUGGCCAAAAACCAGCGAAAACAGGUAUUGGUGCUGGAGGUACUGGAGUUAGCUCUGGCAGAGUCGGAGUUGGCCCUGGUGGUGUUGGAAUUGCACCUGGUGGAGCAGGAGUUGGACCAAGUGGUGCAGGAAUCUUCCCUGGAGCGGGGGUCGGCCCUGGUGGAGCGGGGGUCGGCCCUGGUGGUGCGGGGGUCGGCCCUGGUGGAGCGGGAGUCGGCCCUGGUGGAGCGGGAGUCGGCCCUGGUGGAGCGAGAGUCGGCCCUGGUGGAGUGCCAGUUCUGCCACAAACUGGACCACAAGGUACUGGACGUAAAAUUGGCAAGCCUGGGAAAGCACCAGUGCCAGGAAUUGGUGUUCCUGGGUUGUACCAGGGUGGUAUUGUCCCUGGGCAAGGUUUUGGUGGCCAAGGAGUUCUACCAGGCGUAGCUACAGGAUCUCAGACUUCUCAGCUUGGUCAAGGCACACUUGGAGCUAAUGGUGGUCGCGGGAGUUUUGCAGGUCAACAGCUUCCAGGGGUGUUCCGUGGAUACCCACUCAUUUCUCCAAAGUCUGGAGGAGUUGGCUCAGCUAAAUCUCAGGCUAAAGCAGCUAAAUAUGCUGCAGGCGGGAGAGUACCUAGUCUCCAUGGUACACUUGGUGUAGGAGGUGUACCUGGUGUUGGUGCUAUACCUGGGGCAGGUGGUAUCCCUGGUGCUGUUCCUGGGGCAGGUGGUAUCCCUGGUGCUGUUCCUGGAGCAGGUGGUAUCCCUGGUGCUGUUCCUGGAGCUGUUGGUAUCCCUGGUGUUGGUACUGUACCUGGAGCAGGUGGAAUUGGAGGCAUACCUAGUGCUGGAGGUGUACCGGGAGGGAGUGGUGUCUAUCCUGGAGGAAUAGGAGCCAAAGCACGGAAGUAUGGCUUUGGAACAGGUGGACUCCCUGGCUCUGGUGUUGGAACAGGUGGUGUUCCUGGCUCUGGUGUUGGAACAGGUGGUGUUCCUGGGUCUGGACUUGGUGGAAUUCCUGGAUCUGGAGUUGGUGGGCUUGGAGCUGGUGGAGUUCCUGGGUCUGGACUUGGAGUUGGUGGAGUUCCUGGGUCUGGACUUGGAGUUGGUGGAGUUCCUGGGUCUGGACUUGGAGUUGGUGGGCUUGGCGUUGGACCUGGAGGAUAUGCUGGAGCCAAAGCCCGAAAAUAUGGCAUUGGAACAGGUGGACUCCCUGGCUCUGGUGUUGUAACAGGUGGUGUUCCUGGGUCUGGACUUGGAGUUGGUGGGCUUGGAGCUGGUGGAAUUCCUGGAUCUGGACUUGGAGUUGACGGGCUUGGAGCUGGUGGAGUUCCUGGGUCUGGGCUUGGAGUUGGUGGGCUUGGAGCUGGUGGAGUUCCUGGGUCUGGGCUUGGAGUUGGUGGGCUUGGAGCUGGUGGAGUUCCUGGGUCUGGGCUUGGAGUUGGUGGGCUUGGAGCUGGUGGAGUUCCUGGGUCUGGGCUUGGAGUUGGUGGGCUUGGAGCUGGUGGAGUUCCUGGGUCUGGGCUUGGAGUUGGUGGGCUUGGAGCUGGUGGACUUGGAGUUGGACCUGGAGGAUAUGCUGGAGCCAAAGCCCGAAAAUAUGGCAUUGGAACAGGUGGACUCCCUGGCUCUGGUGUUGUAACAGGUGGUGUUCCUGGGUCUGGACUUGGAGUUGGUGGGCUUGGAGCUGGUGGAAUUCCUGGAUCUGGACUUGGAGUUGGCGGGCUUGGAGCUGGUGGAGUUCCUGGGUCUGGGCUUGGAGUUGGUGGGCUUGGAGCUGGUGGAGUUCCUGGGUCUGGGCUUGGAGUUGGUGGGCUUGGAGCUGGUGGAGUUCCUGGGUCUGGGCUUGGAGUUGGUGGGCUUGGAGCUGGUGGAGUUCCUGGGUCUGGGCUUGGAGUUGGUGGGCUUGGAGCUGGUGGAGUUCCUGGGUCUGGGCUUGGAGUUGGUGGGCUUGGAGCUGGUGGACUUGGCGUUGGACCUGGAGGAUAUGCUGGAGCCAAAGCACGAAAAUAUGGUCUACUAGGAGGUGGCACACUUGGUGUAGGAGGUAUACCUGGAGUUAGUGCAGUACCUGGAGCAGGUGGUAUCCCUGGUGCUGUUCCUGGAGCAGGUGGUGUCCCUGGUGCUGUUCCUGGAGCAGGUGGUGUCCCUGGUGCUGUUCCUGGAGCAGGCGGUGUCCCUGGUGCUGUUCCUGGAGCAGGUGGUGUCCCUGGUGCUGUUCCUGCAGCAGGUGGUGUCCCUGGUGUUGGUACUGUACCUGGAGCAGGUGGUGUCCCUGGUGCUGUUCCUGGGGCUGGUGGUAUCCCUGGUGUUGGAACUGUACCUGGAGCAGGUGGAAUUCCUGGAAUUGGAGGCAUACCUAGUGCUGGAGGUAUACCGGGAGGGAGUGGUAUCUAUCCUGGAGGAAUAGGGGCCAAAGCACGGAAGUAUGCCUCAGGCAUUGGAACAGGUGGACUCCCUGGCUCUCAUGUUGGAACAGGUAGUGUUCCUGGGCUUGCAGCUGGUGGAGUUCCUGGGUCUGGACUUGGAUUUGGUGGACUUGGAGCAGGUGGAGUUCCUGGGUCUGGACUUGGAUUUGGUGGACUGGGAGCUGGUGGAGUUCCUGGGUCUGGACUUGGAUUUGGUGGACUGGGAGCUGGUGGAGUUCCUGGGUCUGGACUUGGAUUUGGAGGACUGGGAGCUGGUGGAGUUCCUGGGUCUGGACUUGGAGUUGGUGGACUUGGCAUUGGACCUGGAGGAUAUGCUGGAGCCAAAGCUCAAAAAUAUGCUCAGCUUGGAAGUGCUGGUGGAGCUUUAGGUGCUGGAGCAUUGCCAGGAGGAGUACCUCUUGGUGGGCUUGGGACCACUGAUGUAGCAGGCAGAGGACUUGGGGGUGCCGUAUAUCCUGGUGGAGUUGGAGGAAUUGGUGGUCUGCCUGGUGGAGGUGUAGGAACUGGUCUUGGAACUGGAGGAUUACCUGGUACUGGAAUUGGAGCAUAUGGAUCUGAAGCAAAGGCUCGUAAAUAUGGUCUACUAGGAGGUGCUGGUGGGAUACCGGGUCAAGGGGGAAUUCCGGGCAGGUUGCCUGGUUCAGGUGUUGUACCAGGUGGGACAGGAGCUGGACUUGGUGGAAUAGGAAGUCUACCAGGAACUGGAGUGGCAACAGGUGGGGCAGCUGGUGGUGUACCAGGCAGUGUGCCUGGUGGAGGCUUUGGACCCAGAGGUGUGCCUAGAGGUUAUGGACCAGGCUCAAAAGCUGCUAAAUAUGGUUUACCUGGAAGUGGGGGGAUAUUAGGAGCAGGAGGAGUGCCUGCCACUGGAACUGGAGGAGUCGUAAGCACUGGACCUGGUGGAGUUUUACCUGGAGGCUUUGCAGGUGGUCUUGGUACUGGAUCUGCUGGCCUUGGUGGAGUACCAGGCAGUGUGCCAGGUACAGGUUUUGGGGGCUAUGGAGGAUAUGGAGUUGGGGCAAAACCACCAAAGUAUGGUCAACCAGGAGGAGGCUUCGGAAGUGUGUUAGGUGGAGCAGGAUCAGUGCCUGGUGGUGUUGGAGUUGGAACCACAGGAGGAGGGACUGGAAUUACAGCUGGCACAGGCAUUGCAGGUGGACCAGGAGGUGUAGCAGUCACAGGAAGCAAGGCAGAUAAAUAUAGAGUGCCAGGCAUAACCAGAGGAACACUAGAAGGAGCAGUCAUUCCAGGCAGCACACCUGCCACGUCCACAGAUCAGGGAACCAAAACAGGAGUUGAUGGAGUUGUACCUGGUGCAACAGCUGUGUCAGUCAAUGUCACUGGAGAUGAACCAGGCAGUACUAAAGCUCCGAAUUUGGGAGAACCAGGUGGAACAAUAGAAGGAUCUGGAAGUUCCAUUGGAGGUGGCCCAAGUGACGGUGUUACUGGUGGACCCGUUGAAGGAGAUGGAUUUGGUGGGGUUGCUGGGACAGGAAUACCCAUCGUAGCUGGAGCAAAGCCAGGUGGAACAGGAGAGCCAAUACCAGAAACUGGACCAAGUGUGGGUGGAGUUGGUGAAGGUCUACCAGGAGCCAAACCCCUAAAGCCUCCAGGUGCUGGAGGUGGUGUAAUAGCUGGACGCGGGGACACUCCAAGCACUAUUGGUGGAGGACCACAUGGAACUAGAGUUGGGCCUGGUGGUGUUGGUGGAGGGCCUAGUGGAACUGGUACUGGACCAGGCGGGGUUGGAGGAGGCCCAGGCGGGGUUGGAGGAGGCCCAGGUGGGGUUGGAGGAGGCCCAGGCGGGGUUGGAGGAGGCCCAGGCGGGGUUGGAGGUGGCCCAGGCGGGGUUGGAGGUGGCCCAGGCGGGGUUGGAGGAGGACCAGGCGGGGUUGGAGGUGGCCCAGGCGGGGUUGGAGGUGGCCCAGGCGGCGUUGGAGGUGGUCCAGGCGUGGUUGGAGGAGGACCAGGUGGGGUUGGAGCUGGCCCAGGUGGAGUUGGAGCUGGAACAGUUAAACCACCCAAAGGUUAUGGUAGUCCAGGUGGAGGAGGACUCCUUGGUGUUGGAGGCAUCGGUGGCACUGGAGGCCCAGGUGGAGUUGGAGGACCUGGAUUGACAGCAGGAUCUGGCUUUUUGCCUGGAAGCAGCAGUCUCCUUCCAGGAGGUGCAGGAACAGGAACUGGAGCACAGAAACUUGCUAAAAGUUAUGGAGGAACUGGAAGUUUAAGUUCCAGAGGAUUCUUGCCAAUAAAUGGUCUAAGGUUUCCUAGUGGAGCUGCUGUGGGGAGCAAACAAGGAAAAGCUUAUGGAGCACUAGGCAGACCUGAAGGGGCUGGUGCUGGGGGGCUCGGUGGUGCUGGAGGCCCAGGCAGUACUGCAGGUGGACCUGGUGGUUAUGGAACAGGACCGGGUGGCUAUGGGACAGGCCCUGGUGGACUAGGUGGGCCUGGUGGAACUGGCGGUCUUGGAUAUGGUCCUGGAACUGGGAUACCUCCUAAAAGCUAUGGAGUAGUUGGAGCUGGUGGAGUUGGUGGAGUAGGAGGCCUAGGAGGAGUAGGAGGAGGGCCUGGAGGUGUUGGUGGUGGUGCAGGAGGAAUUGGUGGAGGUCAAGCAGGCAUUGGUGGAGGACCUGGUGGAGUUGGAGGAGGACUGGGUGGUCUUGGUGGAGGCUUGGGUUACCCAGGGGGAGCAGGACUCAGAGUAGGAGCUGGAAAGCCUGGGAAAUCAGGAUAUGGUGGUUUGGGUGGAGCCGGGGGCAUCGGAGUUGGUGCUGGAGGUGCAGGUGGGAUUGCAGGAGGAGGCCCUGGAGGUGUAGGAGGAAGACUUGGAGGAAUAGGAGGGGGACUUGGAAGCCCAGCUGGAGUUGGUGGAGGCCUCAGGUACCCAGGUGGUGCAGGUAUUGGAGCUGGGAAGCCUGGAAAAUCAGGGUAUGGCACAGGUGCCUUGGGUGGUCAAGGUUACCAGCCAGGAGGUGGACUGCCUGGCUAUGGUGGGGGUGGUCCUGGUGGUUAUCAGCAGCCAUUCCCAGGCUAUGGUGGAGCUGGACCAGGAGGAGCUGGAAGUGCACCACUUACACCUCAACAAUCCAAAGCAGCCAAAUAUGCAGCUCUCCAAGGCAUUUUAGGAGGGUACCGAGGGGGUACUGGGUGCCAAGGCAAAUACUGCGGGAGGAGGAGAAAGUGAGCGUCGGGAAGAAGAGAUGUGACCUCAUAAACCAGUGGUGCUACUGCCUGAUCUCGAAUGCACUUUUGCAUUAGUAGCAGGAAAAAUACAAAAAAAUCCAAGCAAAAUGUGUUCUGUAACUUAAGAGAGAAGAGUUCAAGUUACUUUGCACACUGUCUGAUUAGGUUCAAGGAUCCAAGGUGUGCAGUGUGCGUUUCCCCGUGCACUCAGCGGCACAGUGUAAGCUCCCCUUAUUUAAUUUACACAUCACAUCAUUACGGAUUUCACUUCAGCACACCAGAAGAGGAAGUAACCUCUUCAAUACUAUCCAGUAGUUUAAUGUUCAUCUAAGGGUGUCACUACUUCAUAUCAGAGGUGGGUUAGUAACUCAGUUACAUGUACUCAAGAAAAAUUGCAAUGGAACUUUAUUACGGUGUGUUUUUGAAAUGACACUACCUUUUCUACAAUUCAAGUAUAUCUAUAAGGAAUGUUGUUGCUGAUACUGUGCUACAUUUUUAUAGCUGUAUAACUAACAUUAUCAUAUUGCUGUUAGAAAUAUUUACUAAACAAAGGAUAAAUAACUGUUGGACUGUGAGUGGCAAGUGAAUGAGGAAAUGUGGCCUGCUGUCGUCUUGCUGUUUGGGAAGUAGUUUCACUGCAGUUCUAUAGGGAAGUCAGUGUACUCAAGACACUUAUGUCCCUGGUCCUAUUAAGCAUCAUAUAUAAUUUAAAAGACAAAAUUCUCAUUUUCCUGUAAUUAAAGUGUGAUUUCCAUUUGAGUUGGGUUUGUUUUUUUUUUUGUUUUUUUUUUGGCUAAGGUACUUUUACUUCUACUUGAGUACUGGAUUGGGCUACUUUACCCACUUCUGCUUUUUUAUCACUGUAAAAGGUCUUGGUGGCUUUCAUAAACUGUUGACACAGUUUAAGCCAUUUUGUUUCAACCACCAUCUACACAAAGCACCAGAAUUUUUACGUGUUUACCUCUGUGUGUUUGUCUUCCCACAUCUAGGUUUGACAGCCUUGUUUUCUGCUCAGUGUCACUAUCAUUUCAAUAGCUGUAUAUUCAAAUGCACUGUCUAGGGACAUGUUGCUGUUCCUGAGAGAUGAACUGUGAUAAUGAGAUGCAGUUGUCACUAAGCUAAGUGGUUCAGGCCACCUUCUCACAUACUCAUCAUCUACUGUGACUGCUUGCUUUUUCUGUUUUAACACUGCCCAACACUGUUUUUGUCAAAAGGGGCUUAUAAUGGCCUGUUCAUGAGUGUAUGUUGGCGAAUUGCUCAUCUGAACUGUUGAAUUCUAGAAAUAUUGUGUGCAUUUUGGACACGUUUAUUAACAUCUUACCAACAAGAGUAUUUUCUGCUGUAUGCAUUGUAUUUCCAAAACACUGAGGAUUACAAGUUGCCAUGAUACCUCAGGAGCUCAAACCAGUUCUCCUCUAGUUUCCCAUAUCAGUAAGACUCUUUUUCUAACCCUUACUUAGCCCUUUAACCUUUUUCCCCCACAGUAUCCAUACAUUUAACCUUAUUAAUGUGUGAGUUCCUGUUCUUUGCUGACCGACACCUCUGUGUAUAAUUUUUAGUGUGUUUUGAAGUGAAUUGCGUAUUUGUAUUUGUAUAAGUGGAGAUCUAAAUUCAAUUGUGCCCUGAAGUCAUGGAAAUGACAGUGCAGGCAGUCAGUAAUAUCCCUUUCCAGCAGAACUGCUGUGUUUACCUUCUGAUUUUCACUUUGUGCUGUUGUUGCUUUGAAUAUCGCUUCAGAUUUUGAGCUUUUUGAA